UAACCGCAGUUCUCUUUCUCGUCCGUGUUCUGUUGUCUGUCUGAGAAACAAAACUAAUUAAAAAAAGAUGUGGAUUUUAGGAAGAAAAGGGGCAUCUGGGUUUUCUGCUCGAUCCACGGCUGAAGAAGUUACUCAAGGGAUUGAUGGAACUGGUCUCACUGCCAUCGUUACAGGGGCAUCCAGCGGGAUUGGGGAAGAAACAGCCCGUGUCCUGGCCUUACGUGGAGUCCAUGUUGUGAUGGCAGUUAGGAAUGUGGAAACUGGUCGGAAAAUUAAAGAAGAGAUAUUGAAAAAUGUACCAAAUUCUAAAGUCGAUGUUAUGGAGUUGGAUCUUAGCUCUUUCGCGUCUGUAAGGAAAUUUGCUUCCGAAUACAAAUCCUCAGGACUUCCGCUAAACCUUCUCAUUAAUAAUGCAGGCCUUAUGGCUCCUCCUUUCAAGCUUUCUCAAGACAAAAUUGAACUGCAGUUUGCCACCAAUCAUCUAGGUCAUUUUCUAUUAACGAAUAAUCUGCUGGAGACGAUGAAAAAUACAGCACGAGAGAGCCAAAGGGAAGGAAGGAUUGUCAAUGUUUCUUCUUUAGGUCAUCAGUUUGUUUAUAGUGAAGGAAUCCGUUUCGAUAAAAUCAAUGACGAGUCAAGUUACAAUAGUAUAUUUGCUUAUGGACAAUCAAAGCUUGCCAACAUUUUACAUGCUAAUGAACUAGCAAGGCUCUUUAAGGAAGAAGGUGUGGAGAUAACUGCUAAUUCUCUUCAUCCUGGAUCGAUUUCGACAAACCUUCUUCGCCACCACAGCUUUAUUGAUGGAUUGGUUAACAUGGUUGGGAAAUAUGUACUGAAGAAUGUUCCUCAGGGGGCGGCUACAACAUGUUAUGUGGCGUUGAAUCCUCAAGUGAAGGGCGUAACUGGAAAAUAUUUCUCUGACAGCAAUAUAGCCGAACCGAGCUCUCUGGCUAAAGACGGUGAAUUGGGAAAGAAGUUGUGGGAGUUCAGCCUCAGCUUUUCCAAACUCUAAUGAUGAUGAUGAUGAUUUGGAUUUGGAUGAAUUUGCAGGUGUUCAUCUCUUUCUCUUUGGAUUCUGUGUCUACUAUGUAGUUUUAGUACUGAAACUAAGUUGAUUUUGUUUUUGUAUCAUAUAAAUUAUGGGCUUACUUUGUGUGUUGCUAUAUUCCUGUCUUAGAAAGUGUUACUAAUGUGGAUUUUAUCUUUUUUUUACUUGAAUAAAGUCAUAGAUGGUUUGUUUAUGGGAUUGAAUUGUUUAAUAGAAAAAUGUUGAUCUCUUUGACUUUAAAUGUAUAAUUUUGUU